AUGUUUUCUGUGUCCCGUAUUGGCUCAGAGGUUUCGACAUCUGUCAAGAAGGCAUGUUCUGUUUCGGAAACUGCACCGAAGCGGAAGCAUGUUCGAGCCUGUAUAGUGUUCACAUGGGAUACGAAGUCCAGUAGGCCCUUCUGGGAUGCCAUCAAAGUACUUCCUAUUCAAGAGAACGAUAUUCAGGUGUUCAAAGCACUAAUUACAAUUCAUGAGGUACUUCAGGAAGGUCAUCCAUCCUGUCUUGUUGGUGGAUACCGUAACAUUCCUUGGAUUGAAUCACUAGGAAGGUAUAGUGCAAACCAGGGAAGGUACGGUAGGCUUAUUCAUGACUACUCAUUUUUUUUGGUACAGAAAUUGCGUUUCCAUCGCGAGCAUCGCGGUUUUAACGGUACUUUCGAGUACCAGGAGUACGUUUCCUUGACUGCCGUCAGCGAUCCCAACGAAGGCUACCAAAAUAUUAUUGAUUUGGCUGACUUGCAAGACUCAUUGGAUGAUCUUGGACGACUUGUUAUAGCAUCCGCUUCUCAUAAUAGGGGUAAUGAAUGCAUGAUUAGUGCGUUGGUUCCUCAAAUUGCUGAAUCUUAUGGUAUCUACAAGUUUUUGGUGUCCAUGUUGAGGGCCAUGUACCGUAGUUCCGAGGCUGUCGAAGCUCUAGAGCCCUUAAAGGAUCGUUUCGUUGAACAGCAUCAUCGUUUGUACGAUUUUUAUGCCGAUUGUUCCGCUAUUAGGUAUUUAACCAGUUUGCUUACCAUCCCAAAGCUGCCUAUCGAGCCUCCAAACUUAAUGGUUGCCGAUAACGAUCCUGAUGAUACUAUAUCAGGUCCCACCAACUUGGUAAACCAGUCCAAUUCGAAUGAGAAUUCUUCGGCUUCGCUUUCCCAUAUGUCCUCGCAGCCUACUGGUGCCGUUACAGAUGCUUUUGCAGCUCAGCAGAAACAAUAUCAAUUAGAGCAGGACAGAUUGUCUCAACAGCAAGAGGCACAGCGAUUGUCACAGGAGAGAGAGCAGCAACAGCAACAACAGUAUUGGCAGCAGCAACAACAACAGCAAGAGCAGGCUCAGCGUGUUGCGCAACAGCAGUUGAUGCUUGAUCAGACACAAAGACAAGCCCAAGGUAAAGUGGCUGAGUUGGAGAGAGAUUUAUUAGCAUUAAGAGGACAGCAUGAUCAAGAUCAAUUGAUGUUGCAAAGCUACGACCAGAAAGUUCAAGUUUUGGAAACUGAUUUGAACAAUACUACAACCUCUGCUCAGCAACAAAUCGCUUCCAAAGAGGAGCAGUUGGAGAGUUUACAAGAACAAAUGGCUUUCUGGAAGAAUAAGUAUGAAUCUUUAGCACGACUUUAUUCUCAGUUGAGAACGGAACAUUUGAACAUGCUAUCCAAAUUCAAGAAGAUACAACAGAAAGCUGCAUCUGCACAGGAGGCUAUUGAAAGACGUGAAAAGUUAGAGAAGGAGAUGAAGGCAAAGAACAUUGAACUUGCCGAUUUGAUCAAGGAAAGGGACCGGGCAAGAUUGACACUUGACAGAUCCAAGGGAGGCCAGAAAGAUGAAUUAGAGAAACUAGAAUUGGAGAAAAAAGAUUUGGAAGACCAAUUGGCUGCUCUUCAGCGUACCAGUACUGCCAACAUGGCAUCAGUGUUUGAGCAACAUAGUCGUGAGAUAGAAGAUUUGAGAAAGAAAUUGCAGAAUGACCUUAGCCUUGAAGAUUCACCCAGGUUAAAGGGUUUGGAGGACAAGUUGAAAGAAAAGGAGAUGGAAUUGGACGCUAUGCAGCAGACUAUGGAUGAAACCGUGAAGGAUCUUGCCGAACAGCAAAAUGAAAAAGAUGCCGAAGUAGCAACAACUCAAUUCAGGUUGGCUUCCCUUGUUGAUGCCAUAUUGAGGUCCGGAAUCAAGAGGAUUCAGGAUGCCGUGUUCCUAUUGGAUUCUCCGAUGGAAGCGGGUAAUCAGAAUGCAUCACCUUCUUAUAUAACGACUCUUAUCGAGAAAGGUUCAAACUCUGCAACAGAUUUCGCCAAUAGUUUCAACGGCUACUUGAUUGACGGACCUAAGGGGGACUUUGUUGCUGUCAUUGACACUAUUACCAAUUUUGCCACGGCAACAAGUGACAUUAUGCUCUCUACAAAGGGCCUUACGAGACUCACACGAUCAGAUGAUUUCCAGGACGAUUUAGUUGAUACUGCACGUGAUGUAGCGGAGAUGUCACAGGUUUUUUUGGAGGCCCUCACUUCAGAAAGUCGUGAAGGACUGGCAGUGGAGGAUCAGACGGAAAAGGUAAUCAAUGGUAACUUGGACGUUCAGGAAGUCUUACAGACAUUACUUCAGCUUGUUGAGUCGCUUGUGGCACCCGGUAACAAGGUUAACCUUGGUAAGAUGAAGGGUGAACUCAGUGAAGUUGUUGAUCGUGAAAUGGCCAACGCUACAGCAUCGAUCGAUGCCGCUUCAAAGCAUUUAGCAGACAUGUUGUCUACACCGGUUGACCCGUCUAUGGCUACGAUCGAUUCGGAAGUUAACAAGUCAAUUUUGGGAUGUGCUUUGGCUAUCAUCGACUCUGUGAAAAUGUUGCUAACUGCAUCCAUAGCAUCCCAGCGGGAAAUCGUCAAUAAAGGUCGUGGUUCCAAUUCUAAAACGUCUUUCUACAAGAAAAACAACCGUUGGACAGAGGGUUUAAUUUCUGCGUCGAAGGAUAUUGCCUACAGUACCAAUUUGCUGAUUCAAACGGCCGAUGGUGUUUUGCAGGGAAAUAAUAGCAACGAGGAAUUGAUUGUUGCCUCCAGAGAAGUAGCAGCUUCAACUGCCCAGUUGGUGGCUGCUGCAAGAGUGAAGUCAGAUCUUAUGUCUAAGACAGAGGACAACUUGGAGGUGGCCUCCAAAAAGGUUAAUUUGGCAUGUAAGCAAUUGGUUGCCAAAGUGAAUGAGUUGAUCACCAAUAAAUCAGAACUCGACGAGAUCGAUUAUUCCAAGCUCAGUGUUCACGAGAAUAAGACUGUGGAGAUGGAGCAACAAGUUGAAAUACUCAAGUUGGAAGAGGCUUUGGACCUUUCCAGAAAGAGAUUGGGAGAAAUUAGAAAGUUCUCCUACAGGGAUGAAGAGAGCGAGGAGGAGGAGAACUAA